AUGACUGAUGCCAACAACAAGGACAACGAUGUAAGCAACGGCGGAGCCGGCGGUCUUUCCGAGGAUGGCCUCAUCGAGGGCAACUGGGACACGGUCACGGAAACGUUCGACGCGAUGAACCUCAAGGAGAACCUUCUUCGCGGUAUCUACGCCUUCGGUUUUGAGAAGCCGUCUGCUAUCCAGCAGCGCGCUAUCGUGCCCUGCACCACAGGUCGCGACGUGAUCGCUCAAGCCCAGUCGGGUACGGGCAAGACGGCCACGUUCUCGAUCUCCAUCCUGCAGCGCAUCGACGAGAAGGACCCCCAAGUCCAAGCUCUGGUCAUGGCCCCCACUCGCGAGUUGGCCCAGCAGAUCCAAAAAGUCAUGAGCGCCCUCGGUGACUACUUGAACAUCUCCGUGCACGCUUGCAUCGGUGGUACCUCAAUCCGUGAUGAUCAGCGCAAGCUGGAAGCCGGUGUCCACGUCGUUGUCGGAACCCCCGGUCGUGUCAACGACAUGAUCAACCGUGGCAUUCUGCACACAGAUCGGAUCAAGAUGUUCGUGCUGGAUGAGGCUGACGAGAUGUUGUCACGGGGAUUCAAGGACCAGAUCUACGAGGUCUUCAAGUUCAUGCCCCAGGACGUGCAGGUUGUUCUGCUGUCGGCUACUAUGCCCGCUGAUGUGCUUGACGUCACCCAGCGUUUCAUGAGGGAUCCGAUUAGGAUUCUCGUCAAGAAAGAGGAACUUACCCUUGAGGGUAUCCGACAAUUCUACGUCAAUGUCGGCAAGGAUGAGUUCAAAUUCGAGACGCUCUGCGACCUGUACGACGCCAUCAACGUCACCCAGGCCGUCAUCUUCAGCAACACGCGCCGUCGGGUCGACCAGCUGACCGAGCAGAUGACGUCGAAGCAGUUCACGGUCUCGUCGAUGCACGGAGACAUGGAGCAGCAGGAGCGUGAGGGCAUCAUGCGCGAGUUCCGCUCUGGAUCUUCUCGUGUGCUGAUCACCACCGACCUUUUGGCCCGUGGUAUUGAUGUCCAGCAGGUUUCUUUGGUCAUCAACUACGAUCUGCCGACCAACCGCGAAAACUACAUCCAUCGUAUCGGUCGUUCUGGACGUUUCGGUCGCAAGGGAGUUGCCAUCAACUUCGUCACCGACAAUGACACACGCCAGCUGAAGGACAUUGAAAGCUUCUACAACACCAUCAUUGAUGAAAUGCCGAUGGAUAUCGCCGAUCUGCUC